AGGAAGAUGAUUUGAUUGCUACAGUGGAGGAAAGCUCGUUUGUUCAACGGCGGUAUGCGAAGUAUUUCGACAUGGUUAUUGUAAAUGAGAACUUUGACAGUACCUUUCAACAAGUGGUAAAAGUACUAGACCAAAUGAGCCAUGAAGAGCAGUGGGUACCGGUCGAUUGGAUAUAUUAAAAUCCAUUAGCUAUUUACUUUUUAAACAUUUUCCCUCUAAUAAAAUUGCAAUUGCAUACAAGCUAUUCAUUGGCUAAACUAUUUUAAA